CAGCUCAGUUCAAACCGGCCGAAAGUGAAACGAAAACAGAUGAUUGUCUGCCAGCAGCGGGUGUGUUUAUAGCAACGAGGUCUAACGUGGUGGUGACCGUGAGCCGUUAGAUGUUCGCACGGUUCCGGCCGAGAUGGAGUCCAGGGAGAGCCGCAGGACGGUGGUGGUGUCCGGAGUCCCCGCCGCGCUGCCCGCCGGGAGGAUGGCGGACAAGCUGAUGAUUCACUUCCAGAGCCGUAGGAGGAGCGACGGAGGAGACGUGGAGGAGCUCGAGUAUCCCACCAACAUGGACGGAGUGGCGUUCGUCACUUUCGACAGAGCUGAAGAUGCAGCGAGAGUGACGAGGAAGGAGCAGCAGAUCAUGAUGGACAGCGAGUUUCCUCAAGAAUACGUCCUCACUGUGUUUCCCUUCAGCAGAGACGUGUUUGUGUACGUCGCCAGCGCUACAGUCGAUCUCUCCAAAUUCGGCAGUGAUCCGGCGCCCCUGAUUAAGAGUCUCCAGUCGGCUCACAGAUCACUUCGGUUCCAACCUUUGCCACCUGGAAAAGUCUCCAUCGAGGGUCCUUUCUCUGCCGUCCAGGCCCUGAGAGCAGACCUCAUCCGCAGGGACAGCCAGCUUAAAUCCCCAAACUCAGCCAUCAAACUAACAGAGACUCCUGUUAAUCCGAGGCUAAUAUCUCAUCACAGGCCUGUCGGUUCUGUAAGCCGCGGCGCUUCUAAAGCUAUGCGGGAACCAGCGAGCUCGAGCAGCUUAUCGACGUCGCUGCAGAGCACAGGUGAAGUAAGUGAAGUCCAAAGCCUGCUCUCUAAAGCAAAAACUCCAAACGCUUCCUCGAGGCGAAAAGUUUCUGAUGGGAGUUUGGCUGGAGGAAGGUGUUUGGAUGCAGACGGAGAAGAAUCGAGAGGUCGGCCCAGGUCCAACAUGUCCACAGAAUAUAGAAGAGAAGGAACAAAGGCCAACGCCAGACAAGUGGUCGGGGCAGAAAUCGAUGCAGGGAUUAUUUCUGCCUUAUCGAGUCUGGACCUGCUUCCUGCAGAGCAAAAAUCAGCAAACAAACCACAACAGCACCUCAGAGCAGAUGGGAUUUCAGAAUCCAAAGCCGGAGGACAGGAUCAUUUGGGCUACAGCGGCUCAGCGGCCAAAGCCAAGUCAUUCCAGAACACAUUUAAAGACGUCUCAACACCGUCGAAGAGCAGAGCUGGUCUGAGUGAUGUCCAUCCGGAGCCUCCAGAAGAUAUCUUGGUCGACUCGGACACGUUCAGAUACGUGGAAAAAUUCUCCAAAAAGGAGCUGGACGGAUGUUUGAAUGGCGUUAAAAUGUCCGUCAUGUGUUUUAAAGAAAGUGGCCUCACUAGGAUUUCCCUGACCAGGAAUCUAACCAACACGGCAGCUUCAAGCAUCCAGAAGGCCUCAGAAAGAUUAAAGACUUUGAUGGACUUCUGGUUGUCGACUUUAAGAGUUCAUGAGAUCAUCUACGACUCAGCAAAGCUGCCUGAUAAAGAGAAAGUGACUCAGAUCUGCAAUGAUGUGAAUUCACUGUACAAAGACGUUCUGUACGUAUUUGAGGGUUCUUUCAUUAAGGUCAUCGGUCCAUCGUGGUCCUCCUACUUGUUCCUUAGGAGAGUGGAGGAAACCCUGAGACGGUCAAAUAAAUGAGAUAAAUGGGCAGAUUUACCAGCAACCACAUGGUGGAGCAGUUGUACCUUGACAAAACCUUCUCCUGCCUUUGUUAGAUUCCUGUGGUCGUAAUCUCUAAUAAUUAGAAGCAUAUAAAUCAAUCACACCGUGUAUAUUAGAUAUCUGCCUCAGACACCUCAGAAUUAUCUUCUAUUAAAUAAAAAUAGGAAUAAAACACCA